CUCUCUCCUCCCCCACUGAGAUUUCCAAACCGUAUCCCUGUGCCCUCCUCAUCUCCCAUCACUCUGGUCUGAGGGAUCCCAGAGGUUUUUUCUGCCACUGUCUUAACAUCAUCAUCAUAUCUCUCCCUCCUGGACUGAGAAGGCUCCCACGCGUUACCUGGCUGUCCAUAGAGUCACUCUUCUCUGAAGGUAUCUACCUACGUGCACCUUUUGACUCCUUGACGCUUUUCUUGGGACGCGGCUCAAGAUGCCAGAGCCCACAAAGAAAGAUGAGACGCCAAACGGCCAGCCAGAAGAAAGUGUUGCCCCAGACAGUAACGGUGCCCCGCCCCUACCUGAGAUUUCCCUGGAGGUUUCUCCACCCCCAGAGGCGGUAGCAGAGGGGAAAGAGCCAGUAGAGACUGAUGGGAAGAAACCAGAGCCCCCAGAGCCUGAGCCAUUACAGGCUGUGGUGGCUCAAGAGCCGAGUCCCACUGAGAAUGGUUCAAACCAACCACAGCCUGGUGGGGUUGGGGUGAAAGAGCAAACAGAGUCCGCUAACUCUGCUGUAAAGGAAGAGGGCUCUUGCUCUCCCCCACCGCCUGAUGAUGAUGGUGAUGCAGCCACUACCCCAUCCCCAACACCCCAAGCAGAGGAUGCCAAUUCACUCAAGAAACUCUCAGUUGAGCUGCCUAAUGAUAGCGUCCCUGUGCCAGCCAUGGGGAGAAAAGACUCAGUGUGGUCUCUGGGAGAGGGCCAGGCCCCAGAGGAACUGGACAAGCCCAUUGACACCCCACCACUGUCCAUCCUGCUGAUUGAGAAACCUCAAAGCGGCACCGUCCCUGUGGGUGGAGACAUCACCUUUGUUGCCAAAGUGGAGGCCAAAGAUCUCCUCCGCAAACCCACUAUCAAGUGGUUCAAAGGAAAAUGGAUGGAUCUGGCCAGCAAAACAGGGAAACACUUACAGCUGAAAGAGACCUUUGACCGAUUCACCAAGAUCCACACAUUUGAGAUGCACAUCAUCAAGGCCAAAGAGAACUAUGCUGGGAAUUACAGGUGCGAAGUCACCUACAAGGACAAGUUUGACAGCUGUUCCUUUGACUUGGAAGUUAAAGAAGCUGAACAGGGCUCACAGAAUAUUGAUAUUCGAUCAGCUUUCAAAAGAAGCAGUGAAGGACAAGAAGAUGCAGGGGAGCUUGACUUUAGUGGUCUCCUUAAACAUAGAAAUCAGAGGGAGCCGAAACAGCAGGAUGACACACCAGAGGUGGAUGUGUGGGAGAUCCUGAAGAACGCCCGGCCAGACGAGUAUGAGAAGAUCGCCUUUAUGUAUGGCAUCACGGAUCUGAGGGGUCUGCUGCGGAGGAUGAAGAAGAUCCCAAAAGAGGAGAAGAAGAGCGAAGCUUUUGCAAAGAAGCUGGAACCCGCCUACCAGGUGGAUAAAGGUGGAAAGAUCCGCUUGGUGGUCGAUCUGGCCGACCCCACUGUUGAACUGAAGUGGUACAAGAACGGGCAGGAAAUCAGGCCCACUCCUAAUCAAAGGAAGUAUAUUUUUGAGCAUAAGGGCACACAAAGGAUUAUGGUCAUCAACAACUGCACCAUGAAUGAUGACGCGGCCUAUUCUGUGGCUGCAGGAGACGAGAAGUGCACCACAGAGCUGUUUGUCAAAGAGCUGCCAGUAAAGAUAGUUAAAGGUAUUGAGCCUGUGAAGACCACAGUGAAUGAGAGGAUUGAGCUGGAGUGCGAGGUGUCAGAGGAAGGUGCUCAAGUCAAAUGGAUGAAGAAUGGUGUUGAGGUUCCAACAGGAGUGCGCUCCAGAUACCGAGUUAAGUGUGAGGGAACCAAACACUUCUUGGUGAUUGAUGAUGCCUCCAGAGAGGACACCGGGACGUACUCCAUCAUGGCCACUGGUGGCACUUCUGAGGCUCACAUACAGGUUGACUUGAAACCACUGAAGAUCUACCAGGACCUGCAGGAUAUGACAGUGAUGCUGGGUCAACCAAUCAAACUGCACUGUGAGAUCUACCCGGGCAAUGUGCCAGGCCGUUGGUACAGGAAUGGACAGCUGAUCCAGCCCAAUGACCGCAUCAAUAUUAUACACAGAAAUAAGGUCCACCGACUUGAAAUUGAGACCAGCUCUCUUCACGAUGCAGGAGAUUACACUUUCGUACCAGAGGGAUAUUCACAGAGCCUCUCUGCCAAAAUUCACAUCAUUGACCCUCCAAGGGUGCACUUGGACAGCCUGAACUUCCCAGACAACACUGUGACAGUUGUAGCAGGAAACAAACUCCGCUUAGAGAUCCCCAUCAGUGGAGAACCAGCACCUAGAGUGGUGUGGAUGAAGGGAGAACGGGUCAUUCUUGAGUCAGGCCACCGUGUCCGAGCUGAAACAUACGGUGAUCAGACCAGCUUGACAAUUGAGGUCACAGAAAGGGAGGACACUGGGAACUACAAAAUUGUCCUGCAGAAUGAGGCUGGUGAGGCCACAGCCAGUGUCAAAAUCAAGGUUGUAGACAUUCCUGACCCUCCAGAGGCUCCCUUGGUACCAACGGUGGGUGGUGAUUGGUGCUCUAUGACAUGGGAACCACCAAAAUAUGACGGGGGCUCCCCAAUAUUAGGUUACUUCAUUGAGAGAAAAAAGAAACAGAGCUCCAGAUGGAUGAGACUGAACUUUGACCUAAUCAAAGAAACAUCAUUCGAACCCAAAAAGAUGAUUGAAGGAGUGCCCUAUGAAGUGCGGAUCUUUGCAGUCAAUGCUAUUGGUGUGUCCAAGCCCAGUGAACCAUCUAAACCCUUUACUCCCCUUGCUGUGACCAGUGAGCCCACUAUGCUGGUUGUGGACGAUGUCACCGACACCACCGUGACUGUAAAGUGGCGCCCUCCAGAAACCAUCGGAGCUGCUGGUCUGGACGGAUACCUAGUGGAGUACUGCAUAGAAGGAACUGAUGACUGGGUAAUAUCCAACAAAGAACUGACAGAGAAAACCAAGUACACCAUCACUGGGCUGACCCCAGGGUGUAAAAUCUUAGUUCGAGUCAAGGCCAUCAAUGCUGCUGGAGCAAGUGCUCCACGGACCCUUCAGCACUCUGUCCUGGUCAAAGAGGUUAUUGAACCACCCAAGAUCCGCGUCCCCCGACACUUGAAGCAGACAUACACCCGCAAAGUCGGAGAAGCAGUCAACCUCGUGGUGCCAUUUAUGGGCAAACCCAGGCCGAAAGUCAUCUGGCUGAAGGAUGGAGAGCCCAUAGAGCCAUCCCACGUAAGCAUCCGUAACACAGACUGCGACAGCAUCAUCUUCAUCCGUAAAGCAGAACGCAGCCACUCUGGGAAGUAUGAGAUGACAGUGCAGGUUGAAAACCAUGUGGACACAGCUAUUAUUGACAUACAAAUCGUAGAUCUACCUGGACCCCCCCAGUGUGUGACAAUUGAAGAUGUAUGGGGAGGAAAUGUGGCUCUGGUCUGGACUCCUCCGAAAGACAGUGGCAAUGCCCCAAUAACAGGAUACACCAUUCAAAAAGCAGACAAGAAGACAAUGGAAUGGUUCACAUGCAUUGAGCACUACCAUCGCACCUGCAUCACCAUCACAGAGCUGGUGGUUGGGAACGAGUACUUCUUCAGGAUCUUCUCAGAGAAUAUGUGUGGCCUGAGCGAAGCGGCCACCCAAACCAAAAAAAGUGCCCUGAUCGUCAAAGAAGGUACGCAGAUGAAAACGCCAGAGUACUUCGAUCACGACUUCAAGGAGGCGCCAAAGUUCACACAGCCGCUGAUCAACACUUUUGCCAUCGCUGGCUACAAUGCUACUCUCAACUGUAGUGUCCGUGCCAACCCAAGGCCCAAAGUGAUCUGGAUGAAGAACAAGAUAGUCAUUGUUGACGACCCACGCUACCGCAUGUUUAGCAACCAGGGAGUAUGUACUCUGGAGAUCAGGAAGCCCAGCCCCUAUGACGGUGGUCUAUACACCUGCAAGGCCAUCAAUGACUUGGGAGAGGCCCAAGUGGACUGCAAGCUGGAGGUUAAAGUCCAAACUCAAGAAUUGUGAAUGUAUGUUCUCAUAUAAGGAGGGUUCACCUUCUACGAACUCAUGCAACGCGGAGUGCCCCUUAACCUGAUUGACAAGUACAUGAACGAGACGAAGAUUGUCGAGCAGGAGAAGUAACAUCUGACAGAGUGCAAUGAGACACUUAAGCUUUGCAAACAUCUGCCGCCACUAGUGAUUCUCUUGUCUCACCUACUGAGGUUAGCAACCUGAAAGCGGAUGGAGGGAUGGUGGAGGGAUGGUGAGACGGAUGGAAGUGCGUGGGCCAGGGUGUACUGGUCUGUGGUGUGGCAUGCUGUGUGCAGGUUUGGAGCUUGUUACCAUAGGAAAAAAAAAGCCAGUUCACUUCUUUGUCACCCUCUUGUGUUUGAAAGACUAUGUCAGCUCAGAUGCAUGUCAGCA